GGCUCAGUCCAGGGAGUGAAAUGCCCCAGGCGCUCUGAUGUGCACAAAGCGCAGGCGUAGCGGGUUGGGUGGCAGCAGCAUCAAGUAGCGGCCGUUUUUGGCAGCAGCAGCAUCCUGCAACAGGUGUAGACAGGUCCCGCCUGACUCCGUCCUGGAAACUCCUUUUGAAGAAAUGGCCCUGGUGAGGGGCGGCUGGCUGUGGAGACAGAGCUCUUUCCUUCGUCGCUGGAAACGAAACUGGUUUGCCCUGUGGAUGGAUGGAACCCUGGGCUACUACCAUGACGAGACUGCACAGGAUGAGGAGGACCGUGUGCUUGUCCGCUUCAAUGUUCGCAAUAUAAAGAUCGGCCAAGAGUGCCACGAUGUGCAGCCCCCAGAGGGCCGGAGCCGAGAUGGCCUGCUGACUGUGAGUUUUCGGGAGGGCUCCCGCCUGCACCUGUGUGCGGACACCCAGGAUGACGCCAUAGCAUGGAAGACGGCGCUCCUGGAGGCGAAUUCCACCCCGGCCCCAGCUGGAGCCACCGUCCCUCCCAGAAGCCGACGGGUUUGCCCCAAGGUCAGGUGUGUGACCCGCUCGUGGAGCCCCUGUAAUUUUGAAAGGCGAAUCUGGGUGCGUGUCUACAGCCCGUACCAGGACUACUAUGAGGUGGUGUCCCCCAAUGCGCACGAGGCCACUUAUGUUCGCAGCUACUACGGACCACCCUAUGCAGGCCCCGGCGUGACGCACGUGGUAGUGCGGGAGGACCCCUGCUACAGCGCGGGCGCCCCUAUAGCCAUGGGCAUGCUUGCGGGGGCCGCCACCGGCGCAGCACUCGGCUCGCUCAUGUGGUCGCCCUGUUGGUUCUGAGCCCGGAGACUCAGCGCGUGGACCCUGCGCAUAAAACUACCGACCUCUUCUCCACCGUGACCGCGCCCUCCACCCCAAGCCCUGCCCAACUUUUGCCUCUUCUGUUAGCCAUUCAGAGCUUGGCUCAUACCCUCCCACUUCCCACCCUCGCCCUCAACAUCGGAAGAAAUUAUCAUCCCAAGCACAAAUGUUUACUCAAAAUUCUUGUAUCUACUGCCAGACCCCAGAAAUCCAUAUAUACACAUAUGGAUAUGUUUGCCCCAAACACACCAGGACACAGAACAACUCAUGUAGCUUCAAGUUCCCUAGGAGCUGGAGACAUGAAAGUCAGGUUCUUCCCUCACGUGGCUCCAGGUUUGGGAAAAACAGGAGUAAAGAUUUGACAAGGCAGUUAUCAGUCCUUUGGCAGCACGAGGGGAAAGAGAGGAAGGUAAGCUAGAAGUAGCAAGAGUGCAGAGCCCUCCGUAACCACCAUGGCAUAUCAAAUUAGAGAGGCACUUAAUUGGGCUGGGGUGGGAGCAGGGGUCAGAUCGUUCUGCCCCUCCAGGUUGAGAAACUUGGCUGGGUAGAGGCAGAUAUGAGCUUUUGGGGAGUGAGGUUUUAUAAUGAAUAUAUUGCCUGUUUUGUUAACAAGACACAUACCCAAACCCACACUACAUUUAGCCCAUCCUUCCCACUACCAGUUUACUGGGCCCUCUGUUCCUUCAGUGCUCAGAAACCACCUGUUUCCCAUGUCAGGGUGCCUGGGGCAGCAACUGAGCUGAACCAAGGGUUCCCUUGCUUUGGCAGGGGAGGGGGCAGGAGAGAUCUGUUUGGGACCUCCACUACAGGACAGUGACUCCAUCGGGAAAUGUGUUUCUGCUCCCCAGAAGCUUGGCCCUAUGCCCGUAACUGAGCCUGUCACCAUCUUAGGUGUUGUAUCUCUUCAUUCAGGGGCAGAUGGCAGUGUUCGGUUCUGGGGUCUGACCCACCUUUGUCUCAGCCCAGAAGGCCCCCCAUGUGCCUCCCUGCAGGUGUCCCAGGAGUCUUCCCAUUUGGUCCCCUUUCAGUCUCCCCUAGCCUGUCCCAAUUACCACAGAAAUGCUAAUAUCCCUGCCCUGUGGCUAGAGUAGCCUGCUAAAGUACCCCUGUAUAUUAUAGGGGCUCCAGUGGCCCUGCUGCAGAGACUAAUAAAGGUGUGGUUGGCUCUA